GGAGAGGGGCAAGAAGAUGGACGGCGGCACCUAGGGCGAGAUUGUGAUGACCUAGAUGAGGAGGAGAGGCAAGGUCGCCGACACCUGGGGUGUCGGUUCAUCAUGGGAGGAAACACUGGAGGAGAUUCGGUAUCCUCCCGAAAGAAGUGGAAGAACAUGGUGUACCUGGCCGAGGUACAAAGGCCACCGCUGCCUAAGAGAAAGAAGAAGGAACCUCUGAUCUUUACAGACGAGGAUUAUCCCCCAGUCCUCAGUCCUCACAGGGACGCUCUGGUGAUAAGAGUGGAAAUCAAUAAUGUGGUUGUUCACCGAACCUUGGUCGAUACGGGCAGCUCGGUCAACGUAAUGUACAGCAACACCUUUAAGGAGUUGGGAUUGUCCCGAAGCGAUCUGAAGCCAAUCCAUACGCCGCUGUCAGGAUUUACAGGGGAUACUAUCGAAGCAGAAGGAACUAUCACGGAGGACCUGGAGUGCAUAAUCUCCCCCGUCCACUUAUGCCUAAAGUUCAACACUCCCACAGGGGUGGGAGUAGCAAAGGGGAACCAGAGCCUGUCACGGUCGUGCUAUGUCAGGGCGACCAAAAGCCAAGCCCGAGUCGACGAGAAUGUGAGCACGAUCUGUGCGGCGAUCCAGAAGGAGGAGGGGCGACCACGAGCUGAGCCGGCGGAAGAGGUCGAGGAAGUUUCUUUGGACCCGGCUGAGCCCGAGCGGAAGGUGAAGGUAGGCAAAACCUUACCGCUUGAAUUAAAGGAGCAGUUAUUGGAGGUCCUCCGAGCAUUCAAGGUGCUAUUCGCUUGGGGACCAGAGGAUAUGCCAGGGGUCGACCCAAAAAUCAUCUGCCAUAGAUUGGCAGUGGAUCCGACCCACAAGCCGGUCAAACAGAAGAAGCGUUUCCUU